AGAAAUCCCCGCCCCCUUCCUGCUUCAAGGCCAGUGACCGGCGCUCUGCACGCCGCCCGCCGCGCUCUUUUUGUCCGUGUCUGGGGGCUCUCCGCGGCGUUUCCCUUGCGCCUGCGUGGGCCUUCCUCGCCCCACGCGUGAGCUCGGGCUCUGUUAUAGGCCGGCCUCCAGCCCGCGGCGACACCGGGCCCUUUCCUUCCCGCCCGGCGCGCAGCGCGUGUGCCGGCACCAUGCUCUUCUACUCCUUUUUCAAGUCCCUUGUGGGCAAGGAUGUGGUCGUGGAGCUCAAGAAUGACCUGAGCAUCUGUGGAACCCUCCAUUCUGUGGACCAGUAUCUCAACAUUAAACUAACGGACAUCAGUGUCACAGACCCCGAGAAGUACCCUCACAUGCUGUCUGUGAAGAACUGCUUCAUCCGGGGCUCUGUGGUCCGCUACGUGCAGCUGCCCGCAGACGAGGUGGACACACAGCUGCUGCAGGACGCAGCGAGGAAGGAAGCCCUGCAGCAGAAGCAGUGACACUCCUGUCCCUCUCGGUGGCCCCCUGGCUAGGACCCUUCCCUUCCUCGAGUACUGGAGGGUUUUGUCUUUGUUUUCUUUUUUUAAGGGGUUGUGUGUCUGAGCGGAGUCAUGGGAAGAGCCGUCUUCUGCUUGGAAGGGGAGGAGAAGCGGGCAGGGGACCACAGCCGGCCUGGCCUGCAUCUGCCCUCCCUCCUUCCCCAGAAGGUGGGAGUUCCCAAGGUCUUCCCAAGGCAGCCUGUUACUCAUUUUGGGGAUGGAAGGAAUCUGUCCCGCAUCGGGAAUAAAAUUUAUGCAAAUUUGA